AUGGAGAAAGAGGAAUAUGGGCAUACAUUUGACUGGAGUCAAAAAGAUGAGGAUGUUUUAGGUGUAGAAUGGAUGGAGGCUGAUUUUAUCUAUGAUAUUUGUCUAGACAAUGCACAGGAACGCAUAGUGGGAGGAUACGCACCAGUCCCACAUUCAAUCAAGUACAUUGUGUCGAUUCAGACACUAGACCGCCAGCACUUCUGCGGGGGCUCCUUGAUAAAUAAGUAUUGGGUGAUCACAGCAGCACACUGUGACCGAGGCAUAAACAAAAUGUUGAUAGUAGUAGGAGACUACUCUCUGACCAUCUAUGAGGGCACAGAACAAGAAAUCAUGCCCCAGCUUUUGUUGCCCCACCCCGAGUACAACAGCACCACCAACAACGAUGACAUUAUGCUCAUAAAGCUGAGGGCUCCGGUCUACCUGAACAGCUAUGUUUCCAUUGCCCUGCUACCCAGGCACGGCGCCUCCAUAGUGCAGGGCACAGUGUGCCGAGUGUCAGGCUGGGGAUACACCAGCCCCACUGGAAGCCAGAUCCCUUCCACCCUCCGUACUGUCAAGCUCCCCAUUGUCUCCACAGAAAAAUGCAACAGCAGUGAGUCCUAUCACGGUGAAAUCACAGAGAACAUGCUGUGUGCUGGUUACAGUACUGGUGGAAAGGAUUCCUGCCAGGGGGACUCUGGGGGUCCGCUGGUUUGUGAAGGCCGUGUCUACGGCGUGGUGUCCUGGGGCAGAGGUUGUGCUGAAGCCCAGUUUCCUGGAGUCUACACUGCUGUCUCUAAGUACCGCAGUUGGAUAGAUAACACCAUAUUUAGCUUCUACAGAGGGUGUAACAAAGGUUAGAACCCAGUGUUAACGAGAAUAAGAGUAAACACUUGAGAAAUAAGGUUUUUUAUUUCAUUUUAGCCUGUUUUGAGUUAAAAUGUAUGUUAGUUUUAUUAUUUGCCUACACUUUAUUAUGUUAUAUGCUAAAGGAAUAGUUCAGCAUUUAGUUCACUCAUUUCCUUUUUUUGAGGGAUAAAUGAGACCAUUAAUACAGCUGGCAGCUGGUUAGCUUAGGUUAGCUUAGCAUAAAAACAUAUGAAAACCAUAGACUGUAUAUAAAAAUGGACAGUGUGUGAUCACACUUGAAACAUUUUGCAGACAGAUUGGAGCCAUGAUAUCAGGCCUCCAGUCAAAACAGUCAAAUCAUUCAAGCAAGUCCCCCUUUUAUAUAUGAUCAAAUAACUUAUUAAAACAUAUUUAUCAUGAAAAUGACCUCUUGCACACAAAUCAGUGUGAUAAUAUCUAUAUAACUGUUUACUUUGGCUCUAACCUGCUAACAUGGAGGGGGCGGGGUUUAUGACCUAUAAUGCAACCAGCCACCAGGGGUGAUCGACCUGUGGUGGCUUCACUUCUGGGAAACUGUCAUGUCAUCCAACUUUCUAUAUCGUCUGAUGGAAACAACUAGCCAGGUUCUGC